AAAGAAAAUGAACGAUGUAGGUCAGUGAAGUCUGCACUAACUGCAAAGAGUAAACAACAACAAGUAUUUGAAUUCUUUCCCAGAUUAUCCUCGAAUUGGUGUUUUCCAGACGGUCUAUUUCUACCAAACUCUUAAUUUUCCGUUGCCUCUCUGGCCAGGAGAGGCUCGCUAUUCAUGUCAGCAUACUAUUGAGUUGAUAAGAUGGAUCAUGUGGUCUCCUCCCUGAUUCUGUCUCCGUCUUUUUUCUUCCUGGAUCCUCUCAGGCCAGAAGCCCAGGGCUCUCUGGAAACCUGCCAUGUGACAUUUGGCUGCCAGCGCUCCGUCAGAAGGUCAAAGAGGAGGAGGAGGAGGAGGAGGGAGGGGAGAACCCGGUGCACGUUUAAUGGAAAUGCAGAAAACUAGCAGCACUGCACACAACAUCCACCACCACCAUCACGACAACUACCUCAGUGACUCCCUGCAUGAUGUCAGCGGGUUCGGGUGCGCUCACCAAGCAGCAGCCGCAGCCGCACACCAACAACAACUGGCGCAAGUGGAGACGCUAGAGCACACAUUUCCCCGGAGGUCAAAACAGCAAAACCCUAAGUUUAACAUGAGCAGAAAGAUUUUCCCCUGGAUGAAAGAGUCCAGACAGUCAAAUCAGAAACACGGCAGGAGAAUCUCAGACUGCACCGUCAACGAGAAGUGUCCAAGCGCGACCCCGGCAUCCAAGCGGACGCGCACCGCGUACACGAGCGCGCAACUGGUGGAGCUGGAAAAGGAGUUCCACUUCAGCCGCUACCUGUGCAGGCCGCGGCGGGUGGAGAUGGCCAGCCUGCUCAACCUCCACGAGAGGCAGAUCAAGAUCUGGUUCCAGAACCGGAGGAUGAAACAGAAGAAGGAUGAGAGAGUGCAGGGCCUCAACACCACCUCCUCCUCCUCACCCCCGUCAUCCCCCUCCGCCCCGGGCAGCCCCACUCUGUCGAGCCUGGGUUAUGUUCAUCUGGGCGGGGAUUACCAGCCGGCCUCUCCUCCGCUCAAGUCCCAACAACAUCAGCCACAUCAGCCGUCGUACCCCGCAGAAUACUCCAAAUACCCAGCUCCAGGCUUCACGCACGGCCCGCAGUUUGACGUGCAGUACAACACAACGCACACAACAAUCCCAGAUCUGGAUGUGAACGGCUCAUAUUUCUCACAGAGCUGCACUCCACAGGACAGAAUCAUGCAAGCUCCAAAACUGACUCAUCUGUAGCAGACGAGAUGUAGAUUCUGUGAAUUCAUCCGACUCUCCACAAAAACACUACUGAUCUGUCUUGAAGCAUGCUUUAUUUAUUUAUUUAUUUAUUGAACUAAUAAUCUAAAAAUAUUAGUCUCGAGCCCUA